AUGCUCAGAAUGUUUCCUUCAACUAGGAUUUAUGUUCUCUAUCUUCUUUUACUUCCAGCAUCCAACGUACAAGCAUUCAACACGGUCCACACAAAUUGCACGCUUCCCGCGCAACACGCCAACUUUGUGACAGCCCCGAACACCCGUGGCACCUUGCAAAUCCUAUGGUCGUCCCUAUUCACUAUCCUCGCCUGCACUUGGACUGUGCUUCAUCUCAAUGUUCCUGGGUAUCAACAAAAACCGAAGGAAGAUGGCAUUACAGGCUGGCUGAAAGGGAUGGUGAUCAAGUAUCUUCAUCCAACUAAAUGGUUUCUCCUUACUGUGCUUGCCCCAGAAGUUCCUUUCGCAAAAUAUUGGGAUGACCAGGUUCAAGCACAUUCCCUGUUCUAUCACUACGAAGACAUUCUUGAGGAUAAGCACUGGACGAAGACUCAUGUCCUGUUUGCCAAUAUGGGAGGCUUUGCGGUGAAAUAUAAGGAGAAGCGUGAAUCUUAUUCGACCGGCGAGAAGAUGAGUGCGGGAGAUCUAUAUAACAGCCCACCCGAAACAAGACCUCCCUUGGAAAACAAUACGUUCCUACCGGGGAGUUCGGGAAUAUUGAAUCAGUCAACUCCGGGGCCCGCCGGCAAGGAUCCCGCGGAAAAGUUCGAUAAAGUAUUCUAUCUGACAGCCACCGAAGCCCUGAAACUCCUCUGUAAAAAUCAAGGAACACCUAUACCAGGGCUAGAUAGUGUAUCAGUGGAGGAGAUCAACGAUCGUUCGAAAACGGACAUCUUCAUGCGCCUCCUUGCUGUGGGUCAAAUCCUUUGGGUGGUAGUUCAGAUCAUUUCGCGAGGGGUUUACGGCCUGGCCGUGACCCAACUGGAGGUCACUGUUGUUGCAUUCGCAUUCUGUGCAGUGGGGAUGUAUAUCGUCAACCGUGGAAAGCCCAAGGGGGUAAACUGUCCAAUCCUCUUCGAAUAUUCUGGGACGAGGGAAGAUUUAAAGGGGGAACUAUUAAGGUCCAAGAUUCCAACCUCUACAAAGAUACACAACAAGUGGACGUUCUAUCAAUGCAAGUACUGUAAGAUGGAGAAAACCAGCAGCAGCAGCGACAGCAGCGAGAACAGUGGCAACGACGAGAAUUGCGAUAACCACGAAGAAAACACCAGCAGAGGCACAAAUGAGAGGAUUGAAAGCAACAAGACAGAGCCCCAGAAUAAUAGUGAGGAGAUAAGCCUAAAGGCGCUUAUUACUGCUGCCAUACGAGGAGUUCGAAAAUGUCUUAGGUCUCCUCGGGCUUCGGGCGAACCAAUAGGAAAUGGAUUCAUUGACGAAUCAGAAGACUCAAAAAGAUCCGGUGAAUUGCUCACUGACAUGUCGAUGUUCAUCAGCAGUAUGAUUUUCGGGGGAAUUCAUCUUAUUGCCUGGGAUUUUGAAUUCCCCACCACAGUGGAGAAAUAUCUGUGGUGA